AUGAGCCUAGAUUGCUACCAGGCAGCAGUAGUCCGUGCCCAAGCCUGCAGGACGGCUUCAGAAGGAGCAUGUCCAGUGCUGGGAACGGAUGUGACCAUGAACCCCGGUGCCUCCUUGUCUACUUUCACGGCAGUGCCCUUCCCUCCACCCAUUCCUGGCGCCCAGCACCGGCCACCCUGGCAGCAGCACCUGCCACGUCCCAUCACCCCAGCAUUCCCUCCUGGCAGCAGCCUGCUGCUGCCAGCUUUCCCCAGGACGCCUAUGGUGGCUAAUGGUGGCCGUGGCCCCAGUGCCCCUGGGGCUUGCAACCUCACUGUCGAAGUCAGGUCACAAGGGAGGACAGUGGAGGCCCCCCAGACUCAGACCUCUGUCGUUACUCAGGCCCCCCUCAACUGGAGCGCUCCAGGGGCCCUCAGCAGGAGUGCUGCAUGUCCUGCACCCGAAUUCAUAGCAACCCCUGUGAUGGGGACCGUUGUGACUGCUUCAGCUGUUGGAGUUAGGCAGGCUGGCAAGGGAGGCUGGACCCCAGGCUUUCCUCCUCAAGCUCCACCACCAGCUGCCCAGCUGGCCCCUAUCAUUCGCCCAGUGAACUCUGGGCCAUGGCCACAUGGCGCUUCCAGGGAGGGCCGCCUGGCCACCAACCAGUCCAACGCCUCGCAGGAUGGCUCCUCUAACACCCAGAGAGAGUACAGUAACUUCCGACGUUGGCAGCGCAUCAAACCCCUGGCCCGGAGACACUUUCACCUGAGUCCUGAUGCAGAAGCUUUUUCCUGCUUUCUCAUCCCAGUGCUUCGAUCCGUGGCCCGCCUGAAUCCCAACAUGCCGCUGGAGGAGGGACUGUGGAGGGCCGUGCAGGAAUGGCGGUGCAGAAGCAACCCUGACCGGGUGAUCUACUACGAGAGGGCGGAAAAGUUCAUGGAAUUUGCGGCCGAGGAGGAGAUGCACAUUCAGCAUUUGCAGUGCAUGCAGUGCGCGCAGGACCUGCCUCCUCCAGCCCCACCGAAGCUGGAUCCUCGGGGGCCCCCAGCCCCGUCCGGCCCCAGGGCCCAGCCCUCGCACCCGAAGCCACACAGAUCCCAGCGGAACCCGGAGCCCAAGGCGCCCAAGGUGAUUCCCCCUGAGACUGUGAGGGAGUAUGUGGACAGGAUGGAGGCGCUGGCGGGGCACGUCCACUCAGCCACAGGCAAGUCACCUGCAGAAUGUGGAAAGGACGGAAAUGAGCUGAACCAGGAAGAGGACGACACCUACUUGGACCCGUGUCUCUUGAGCUGCAUUGACGAGCUGCGUUCCCGGGAAGACUCUGUCACCAAGGUGGAGGCAGUCAUUCACCCUCGAUUCCUGGCAGAAUUGUUUUCCCCAGACCCACAGCUGGAUGUCUUGGCCCUUGCUGAGGAGCUGGAGCAGGAGGAAGGACUCACCCCUGAAGAACUGGUGCAGAAACAACUCCUGGACUUGAAAGAGGAGGAAGGUGGGCUGGCAGCCCCGAGCCACAGUGCACCCGGAAUGGGCUCAAGUCCAUCUGAGUCCCACGCCGGCCAAGGUGCCCAGAGGCACGACCAAGACCGCCAUCGAGGGGUCAGUGAUGAAGCCUGCCCACCAGCGAUUGAUUUUGAGGCUCUUCAUAGGCCCAUCCGAACAGACACUGGCCCGUUCGUGCUCAGAGUCUUUGUUCCCUUUCGAGGACGUCAGGCUGGCAAGGGAGGCUGGACCCCAGGCUUUCCUCCUCAAGCUCCACCACCAGCUGCCCAGCUGGCCCCUAUCAUUCGCCCCGUGAACUCUGGGCCAUGGCCACAUGGCACUUCCAGGGAGGGCCGCCUGGCCACCAACCAGUCCAACGCCUCGCAGGAUGGCUCCUCUAACACCCAGAGAGAGUACAGUAACUUCCGACGUUGGCAGCACAUCAAGCCCCUGGCCCGGAGACACUUUCACCUGAGUCCUGAUGCAGAAGCUUUUUCCUGCUUUCUCAUCCCAGUGCUUCGAUCCGUGGCCCGCCUGAAUCCCAACAUGCCGCUGGAGGAGGGACUGUGGAGGGCCGUGCAGGAAUGGCGGUGCAGAAGCAACCCUGACCGGGUGAUCUACUACGAGAGGGCGGAAAAGUUCAUGGAAUUUGCGGCCGAGGAGGAGAUGCACAUUCAGCAUUUGCAGUGCAUGCAGUGCGCGCAGGACCUGCCUCCUCCAGCCCCACCGAAGCUGGAUCCUCGGGGGCCCCCAGCCCCG